GUGGUGAGUGGUGGUGAGUGUUUGCUAGUGGUGGUGAGUGGUGGUGAGUGUUGGCGAGUGAACCCGACCCGCCGUGCCCUCUGCGGCCCGUGCCACUCCGACUCACCUGCUGCUCCAGGUGGACGCGGCGCUGAUUGCCACAGGUGCGGGAGCAUCGCAGUGGGCACAACAAGGUAAAGUCGCGAGUGAACAAUUGGUCACACCAACGUGCUCUCAAAGGGCUAUGGGCGAGAAUGGGGAAAUUUCAGCCGAGUUCGCGCAAGAGAUGGCGAGGUUGCGCAAACUGGUCAGCCACCUGGAGACCCAAAACGCCGAGCUGAGACGCCGAGGAUCCGGCGCAGCAGCGGCACCGCACAGCGCUGGGGAGGCGCACGCCGCUGCCGCCGGGAGACACAGCGCCAAAUCCGACAAGAAGCGGAGCGACACUGACACCGCUGCGCCGCACCGUGCCGGGGAAGCACAGACAGUGGGGAACCAGGCGCGAUGUAACGGUGGUGUCGUGCCGAGUGGCUCACCGCAGGCGCAGAGUGGUGCUCAAAAUGAGGAUGGAGUGGCUGCUGCUGCAGCUUCUGCUGCUGCUGAUACUCUGGACGAUGUGGUCAUGCUGGACCUGCAAAGGACGGACGUGGUGGAGGAGGACACGUGGUUAUACACAAGCCCGAGCCGCAAGCCAACACGAGAUGGGGAUGCCCUGGAGUGGAGCCGCCGCGUGCUCGACAACCCGAGCCCCAAGAUGCGCGAGGCUACGCUCGCAUUGGCGCGCCGCCUGGAGAAGGCCACCCGCAGGCGUAGUUGGCAUGGCGAUGACUUCAAUAUCCCCAAACUCCCACCGGACAUAGGGAACAACAUGCUGGGUCGCCGUGGUUACGGGUCCACAUUCACCCUCGCUUCUCCGGAACUAGUCGCUGUUGCAGACACCUUCUCCAACACAAUCGUCUCUGGGGAGAUGGUUGCUCCAGGAACCAGCAAGCGGAUGGGCCGGCUGGGCAGCCUUACAGAUGUGGAGAGUGUGGCCAGACAACAGGAAGAAGCUCUGCGCCUGGAGUGCUCCACCUCCUCGGUUUUUGCAACGCGUGGUUCCUCCCCGUCGAGGCACGGCCUCGUGUCUCCGUCCAGCCAGGAGUUUCCCUCAGGGGCCCCGGUGUCACCCCAUCGCUCGUCCUCCACUCCUCGCGAGCCGACUUCCCGCGGCGAUCCCGGCCGGGAGCCGGCUCGUGCCCCGGGGCUCGAUGUGAGCUCCGACUGGUCCCGUUCCACUCGGGCUCAACGAGAGCAUGUCCCCUGUGGCACGACUCAUCGUGACCUGGCACGUGACCCGGCCCCAAGGGAGCGAGCACCGCAAGAUCUCAUCCGACGUGACCGCAGCAUGAGCCCCUCCCUCCGACAUCUGCGGCCACCCUCUCUCCAGACAGCAGCAAGGACCCCGUCACCUGGACGGCCCAUAAAGGCCACACCUCUCUUGUCACCCCCGGCCAAUGGGAGGUCGAGCGAGAGGGAAGGACGGAGCUCGGUCCCAAAGUCGCGCCCCUCUCUGAUGCUUGGAGCGACCUCUGGUUACCCUGGCAACCUUGGAGCCCCGCUGUGCCCUCCUGGAGCUGCUAUGCUGAGUGCAGUGGACGCCUCGCAUCUCAAAGUGAGGCGCUCCAAUAGCCCAGGUGCUGGGAAUAUCCCAAGCGAUGCAUCCCGUUCCCUCCGCGACAGGCAAGCCAGGAGCCCCGCACGCAACUACGCCACCGUCGUACCACGAGGGCGAUCAGUGGGCCGGGUCAACAAUGUAAUCGCCGUUGCGCCUGCGGCGACAGGAAUGGGAGGCCCUGGGGCCAGGCGUUCUGCGAGUCCUGCAAAUAACUUAACGAAUGGCGGCAGCCUCGGUCAGACGAGACUGUUGUCCGUCUCGUCACAGCACAACCCAGUUCGCGACGGCCAGAUGCUGAACCGUACGUACAUGAGAAGCGACGACCGGCAGGGCGGCCGCGGCGCGUCGCCACACGGCACCCACCAAGCCGCGCCGGUGAACACACCGCCGCGCCACGCCAGGUCUUCGCACACCACGCCGACACGCGCACCGCAAGCGUGCGCCACGCAAAGCCGCCCCACGCAACCUGGCGCCGUGCAAACACCAAACCGUGGCGCGACCGGCACCCGCCGCUCCUCCAGCCUGCCGCGUUACGUGGGGACGGAGCUGCGUGUGCACAAACAAAGCUCGCAGAGUCCUACUGCCGUUUAGCCUCUCUCCGAUCCACACUUCGAACGACAUGACCAUUUCCUCUUCCAUCGCCUCACGUGAUGCCUCACCACUCAUUUAUGCCCUCUGAUGUUGCAACUGUUUAGCACUUAGCCUUGAUCAGCCCAUGCUCAUAAUUUAAUCUUACCUUUUCUCCUAGCCCCUCUUUAGUAUCCAUUCUAGGACGCAGUCAACUUUGGGGCCACCAAGUAGGCACCACUACUUAAUAUGGUCGGGCACCUAUAGACAGACCCUGAGGUUAGGUGUCAACUACCACUGCUACAAGAUUUGGCACGAUGAAAGAAGUCAUUGUGAGGUGUGGUAGAACCAGCGGCAUUGACUGAAGACUUCUUCCACCUGAACCUGCCCGCCUCGCCUGCCUCCCCAAGGAGCUGCUUUAAACCGGGGGAUCACAUGUGAAGGCACUGAUGCUCACGAGGAGCCCGAGGGGCAUACAGGCCCCACUGUCCCCGAACAGGAUUACCACUGGUCUUUCCAGACCCCCAAGCCAUACCUAAAUCAAUCACUUGGCUUCGUAUUUUUCCGUGUCCUUCACGUUUUUUCCUUAGGCGUGCAUUUAGUUGUUUUAUUGCUGUGUAUAACCUUGUUAAUAUACAGAAGGGCUGGGCUUACACAUAGAUAUAACUUGUGACACCAAAGUCCUUCGUGGACGUUUACAACUGCGACCGUGAUGCCAAAAGCUGAGACGAUGCAGUCUUCAUUUGCAAUAGCCUUUUACAUUGUACAUUUUAAAUCCUCUUCCCAGAGGCCAAGUGCGUGCGAUCAGCGUGAUGCUGGUAGUCGAAAUUGAGACCGCAGGAAAGAAGUGCUAUCCCCUCUCCGAGUACUGCUUUAAGGUGUUUUACCCGUGGUCGGUGGCAUUAUGACCCCGUGCUAGCGAGUGCUGGGGUAGUUGUUGCAUGACAGGCAGUACAAGUGCAAGAACGUAAGCAGGUGCUGACUAUUUUGAAGUAACACUGCACUACAAGUGUGCCUUGCUGUGCUAAAUAUCUUUAAUGUGGAGAAAUAUAUGCAGACUGCCAUGCAUACCAUUUUACCCAUCGGCAAUGUCUGACCAGGUUUUGAACGAAAAACUUAGCCAUGAAAUUCACCGGUAGAUGCGCAGAUAUCAAACCACGAAGCUCACCUGGUGCUCUGCUAGUUUCGUCCAGGCACUGUGUGACUGGUGUCUCAGGCCUGGUAGUCAGAAUCAUUGCCUGGGAGAACCCCCACACCACAAUGAUGUCCCCGCGCAGGAAACUUCAAUGUAAUUCUGGCAGGGUGUGGGACAUCCCCAUGCUGUUACAGUAUGAGUGGCGGAAGGCCCCAGAAGAGCUGUAAAGCCACCACGAUGUAACGGCAGCAGGCUCUCACACCCACUGUCAUGCUUACAGUUUGAUGCCUGCAAACGUUCCGGGCAGAUGAACAUCACGGUGGUAAAUAUCAUCGCCGAACAAAACCAGGGGGCAGAUGAUUAAACAGGCUCAAUGCACGGACUGUGGACCAUGCUGGCUGUAUAAGGUGUUUACUAACAGCAUUUACUCUCACGAUAUAACAAAUAAUAAAAAUGGCACUUUGCCAUUUUGACUAUUUGUUUUAUAUGUAGGUGCCUGUCAGCAGAGGUCAUUCGCAUCCCUUCCCAAUGCUUGAAUGCAGUGUAAGAGUAAGUACAUGGACAUUUUAAAGGCGAUAUCCCCAUGCGUCUAUAAGGCUCCGUGGCUUAUCUUUGUGUGUUUUGGUGUGCGAGUUUAAUGUUUGGCUUUCCGAAAAGUAAUCGUAUCCAAAAUAACCUCCCUUGAAUUAUCCGCAGCUCAUUGCUACUACACAUGCUGCUGCUUUCUAUGGGCCAAAGUGUUCUUCUUGUUACAUAAAACAAUGUUGAACUAUUUUUAAAUGUUUAAAGCAUUCCAACAACCGGAGAAAAGCACUUCUUUGCUUUGCUUGAAAUGUUUUGAUUGCAUACUUUUAUUCACUACAAAACUUAUAAUGUAUAAACAUAGGUAUGCAUUGUGUAUCCAUAUAUUUUGUGUAGUGGGCUAUUUUAUAAAUACGAGUGAAUGUAUUCAUAUACAGUGCUAUAAGCAGUAAAUAAUUAAAGUAGAUUAAGUAACAUCAUAGUUCUGUCAUAUCAUAUACUUGAUACACUGUAGUACUCUACUUUUAAAAAUGUAAAUUCUAUUGUAAAAUUAACAAUUCCAAAAUAUAUUGUUUACUACCUUUUUGCCCAUGCAAACUGUUUUCUAAUAAUUUACGUCAACGUCCAAAGCGUAUUCUCAGAGUAGGCCACCUCUGGGAGUUGGUUACUUUGCAAGUAAAACAUUUCCGACUUUGUUCUUUUAGAAAAGUUUUUAAAUGUUUUUAGUGUCAUUCUAAUUGUGCUAUUAGCAUCACGCUAUGCGAAGAGACGUCCAUUUGGAACUCUUGCAGGAAGAACAGUGCCUUGGCCCCACGGGUGAGCACAAGCAGUGAUAUGACAUUAGUGCUUCUGAGAUACCUUAAAGUGACCUCUUAUCCACACCAGGGGUGCUACACUGUCCAACCUUCUAAAGAGAUGUUCAUUUGCAUGGCAGUCAACUGCAUUUUUAUAUUUUUAGAGCAGAAAUUUAGCCACAUGAAGUGAACAAUGUAAUUAAACGUCAGAUGGUUUUCGUGUGUGGUCGUGACCGGGCAUCGCCUCACAAAAAAUUCCAAGAACUUCCAUUUCUUAAUUCCACAAUUGCAGGUGGCUGCCCCGAUUCAGACCCUGGAUUUCAACGGUGUGGGCCUCAGUGCUCUGAUCUCCGUGCCACCUGCCCAUCUCUCGCAUUUGUCAGUGCAUUUACAUGGAGCUCUUAGUAUUUAUUAAAUGCUGAAAGGUUUAGAAUUUGCUGAGGAAAAAGUUAUUGUGGAUAUCGGGGCAUGCGGUGAUUACGGAGGAAACCAUUUUCAAUAGCGAAUACACUUUAUAACCGUGCCUUUGUAGGGAUGUGCCUCAUGUCAGUAAGGUGCAACCCAGCAUACUCUUUUAAGUUGCUGCUUUGUACUUGUAAGCACAUCAGUUACACCUCAUUUACUGUGGGAUGCCAACAGCAUAAUUCACAGUUGCUGUCUGAUUUUAAUUAAACAGUGCAGUGAACAUGGAGCUUUGCCUUGCAUGUGGCUGGCUUAUAUAAACUCCAUAUUCACACAUUGACUAAAAAUAAGGACCGUUUUAAAAGCGUCAACAAAUUUGCAUUUAAAAUAUUACAUUGCCUUUAGGGUUACAGCUUGUGGGAUAGUGUUACUAGUGGACAUAUGCCUUGCAUUUGCAGAUGAAAGUCCAUGUAUUAUCCCCCUAUUCCUCUGUACUGGUUUCAUAGCACUGCAUUUACAGUCUGUAUUAUAGGAAUUCCAUUUGUUCAUCCAGGCAACCCACCGAGUCUUCAGGCUUUCAGGAGGAUCCUGUAUUUGGGAUGUUUAGCAAGUUCCAUUAAUGAUUGGGUGGCAUGUGGGAGGAAACUGGAUUACCUGGAGAAACCCCACACAAAGGAGAAAACACUCAACAGCUCUGGACACAAAGAACCCAUCCACUUGCUGUACUGCUAUCUCUGGCCACUGGACAAAUGUUGAAAUAGCUUUAUAGCUAUACUCUUUGGUUCUAUUCGGUAAAGUCACGUAGGUAAAAAAUAAAUCUGUCCUCGAGACCGCCUGAUCCCUUCACCUGAUGAAGGCCGCUUGU